UCUUUUUUGCGGAAGUACUAGCUGGGAGCCAGUUAUUUUCAUGAACGAAAGAAGAUUGAUCUAGAUUCAACGCAGCAAAACACUAGCACCGAGGAUGAUCAAGGCUAUACUUAUAUUUAACAACCAUGGGAAACCACGGCUUAUCAGAUUCUACCAAUAUUUUGCAGAAGACCUGCAGCAGCAGAUUAUCAGGGAGACGUUUCAUCUGGUGUCCAAGAGAGACGACAACGUCUGCAAUUUCCUAGAAGGCGGCAGCCUGAUCGGAGGCUCCGACUACAAGCUGAUCUACAGACACUAUGCUACACUUUACUUUGUGUUUUGUGUGGACUCGUCCGAGAGUGAACUUGGGAUUCUAGAUCUUAUUCAGGUGUUUGUGGAGACUCUGGAUAAGUGCUUCGAGAACGUGUGUGAGCUGGACCUGAUCUUCCACAUGGACAAAGUCCAUUACAUACUCCAGGAGGUGGUUAUGGGGGGGAUGGUUCUGGAAACCAACAUGAACGAGAUCGUUGGGCAGGUGGAGCUUCAGAACCGCAUGGAGAAGUCUGAGGGUGGAUUGUCCGCUGCUCCGGCUAGAGCCGUGUCAGCUGUCAAGAACAUGAACCUUCCAGAAAUUCCUCGCAACAUCAACAUCGGAGACAUCAACAUUAAAGUGCCCAGCCUGUCUCCGUUCUGAGGCAGCGCAGCCUCUGAUUGGCUCGGGGUUGGUCCUGGAUGCCAGGGCUAGGUGCCGUAGAUACUUCACCCACUUCUAGACCCUUCUGGACUGACCACGAAGGACAUAGCCCAAGGCUGCCACGGGGGUGCAGCAUGGUGGAAAUCCCCCCGGCUCCAGUCCGUGUGUGUGUGUGCGUGCGUGCGUGCGUGCGCGCGCGCGCGCGCGUGCGUGCGUGUCAAGUCUUUCAUUUCAGCUUGUUGAUCUCAGCCAGUAGUUGUUUUAGGAGGACCUGCCAUUUCCUUGUUUGUAUAUUGUUUUGUAUAUUAUGAUUUUAGUGUCGCAUCAUUCCAUAACAAAUAAUAAUGUUAAACAGACAAACAUUUCUGCUGCCAUGCCGACCGCCAAACCCCCAGAAGAUGCCUGUGUCUGUGAACAUGCUGUAUGUUGGCUCAUUAAAUGUUUGUUCAGAUCUUUUAAGUGUGUUUAUCUAGUCAGUCAUUUGUUCUGAUUGUGAUUAAUGUAGUUUUAUGGUUCUGGAAUAAUUGUGGCAUAAACUAUGAAGUUUCAGCAUUAAAAUUCUUACAGACAAGGA